AUGAAAAAAUUCUUCGAAAAAGAGAAACCCACGGGAAAGAAUAAAAAUGUGGAAAAAAUAUUACAAGUAAAGGAAGAUAUUAAGGAUCAAGUGGAGAAUGCUCAGAUGUCGCCAUCUUAUAAAAUUUUACAAUCAUCACCGAUUCAAAUUCCGCUGCGUUCGGAGACACCUCUCUCUCCAAGUUAUAUAUUAGGAAAUAAUAUUAGCCAUAAGAAGUCUACUUCAGAACUGAAUAUCACCGUAGUUCCAUUCAAUAACACCCCCGAGAAGGAUAAUGGUUUUCUGUCAUUUGACAUUACACCGCGUACGCCAUUGACACAAAAAAAAUCGCCAUUGAGAGAUUUUCCUUUUUCCGAAUCGAUACAAGCAUUUCAGCUACAUAAAUUUUUGAAUGAAACCGAAAAUCCACCAAGAAUUUUGAUAUUAGAUGUCAGACCUAGAGCGGAAUUUGAAGAGGGUCACAUUAAAGCGAAGGAUAUUGUAUGCUUAGAACCAUCCUUCUUAAUGGAUGAAAUAUCUUCAAUAGAAAUUGAAGAAAAAUUACUAUCUUAUUCCGGGCACGAGAUGAUUCUCUUCGCUAACCGACACACAUUUGAUUUGGUCGUGUUUCAUGAUAAGAAUUCCGAUUCGAUCCACGACAAGAAUGUGAUGAAGAAUUUAUUCGAAUCGAUUUAUGUAAAUGAAUAUAAGAAGCAAUUGACUAGGAAUCCUGUAUUACUGAGUGGAGGGUUUAACGCUUGGCUUCAUUUAGCAGGCGAAGUAGGAGUUGAACGCAAUGUUAAUAGGAAACGGGCCGAAGGAAUUGAAAGGGAAUAUAUUUCUACUGAAAGGAAAGAUUCGAGAGAUAAGUCGAAGCGAAACGGACUUAUAAUUUUGAAUGAAAGUCCAUAUUGGUUGGAUCCUAUUGGUGACCUAAAACAUUUAUCGUCCUCUCCUACAAGACAAGAAGAUUUGGAUAACAUAGAUCGAAGCGAUGCAACUGACUCCAGUAGAGUUCCAUAUAAGCAGAGUUAUAUAGAUUUUUACACACAACCUAGUGAUUUUCCAAUAGAGUCUAAGACAAGAUUGGAUUAUUCCACAAACCAAGAAAUAAACGACGUGCACGAUAAUUCAAGCACUGCACAUAAACCUACUGGUUCUCUUCCAAGUGCCCUAGAAAGUUUGAAACCUCCACAAGCUUUAUCUAUGCUGUCAUUAUCAUUGAAACCUUCACGAUCUUUACCAAUCGUGUCAUCAUCAAAUACAUCGGAUGCAGCAUUGAAUACAUCGAAUACAUCAUCAAAUACAUCGAAUGCACCAUCAAACAUAUCAUCGAAUGUACCAUCAAAUAUAUCACCAAAUAGACCACCAAAUAUAUUACCGAAUAUAUCACCAAGUAUAAUGUCAUCGAGUAUGCCAUCGAGUAUGCCAUCGAAUAUACCAAUAUCCGGUUCACCAUCGGACACUAACAAGCGAAAGGUUACGCGGUCAGGUGUUACUUUGGAACGACGCCGUACUAUAUUUGAUCACCCGUAUCAUGGUUUUAGUGAGGUAAAAAAUCCAGAGUAUUCUACAUCAAUACCUCGGCCUUUUAUACGAUCCCAACUGUCGCGGGUGUCACCUAAGAAAUCAAUAUCAGAAAUCUCAGCGUUUGUUCCAAAUCCUCAAAGUAACGAAAUUAGUAAUAAGAAUUUUGCAGCUACCGCACUUUAUCCGCCUAAUAAUAUUAAUAUGCGCACGGCCGUGCAAUACCGUUCAGAUACGGUUCCUAUGCAAAACAAUCGAUACUUUCCUACUUCUGAGAGCAGUUUUUCGCAAUUUGGAUUUGGGAUUGGUAUAACUGGUUUAAAGAAUCUGGGAAACACUUGUUUUAUGAACUCCGUCAUUCAAUGCUUAAGUGGAACCAUUCCAUUCUCAAGAUACUUUUUGAAUGGUAGUUAUAAACGACAUAUAAAUAAGGUCAAUCCUUUUGGUACUAAGGGCGUACUGGCUGAGGCAUUUGCCGAGUUAAUUAGAUCAAUGUGGAGCGGAACAUAUACAUUUGUUUCUCCAAUAACAUUAAAAGAAGCCAUUGGUCAUUUUGCCCCACAAUUUUCUGGUUCAGACCAACAAGACUCUCAGGAAUUUCUCGCAUUUUUAUUGGAUGGUCUACAUGAAGACUUGAAUGUAAUCAAGAAAAGGCAAACAUUUAGGGAACUAACAGAAAAAGAGGAACAACUAAUGGAGUCGUUACCAACACAGAUUUCUUCUGAAAUUGAAUGGGAAAGAUAUCUAACGCGAAACAGUUCGGUGGUUGUUAGCUUGUUUCAAGGUCAAUUCCGUAGUCAAUUAAUGUGCUUAACGUGCAAAAAAACGUCCACUAGCUACAAUACCUUUAUGUAUUUGUCACUGCCUAUUCCUGCAAAACGCGAGGGGGAGAGUGUUAAUCUAGAUAUGUGUUUGCAACACUUCACUAAAGAGGAGAUUUUGGAGGGUGAUGAUGCUUGGCACUGUCCAAACUGCAAGAUUUGCAGGCGUGCUACGAAACAACUCACCAUUUCCCGUUUGCCGGACGUUUUACUGAUACACCUUAAAAGAUUUUCGUUUAACGGACCUUUUAGAGAUAAACUCGAAACAAUGGUUGAUUUUCCUAUUUGGAAUUUGGAUUUGACAGCAUAUGUUCCACCUCCAAUACCACCAUCCAAUCCUCUUAGUAGAUAUCGACACAAAAUUAAUAUCCCCGGAAGUGGUCGAUUAAAUAACUUACAACAAACUGGUCCAUUUGUAUAUGAUUUGUAUGCAAUUUCAAAUCAUUACGGUGGUUUAAACGGAGGGCACUAUACGGCAUGUAUACGAAAUGGGUAUAGGCACGAAUGGAAUAAUUAUGAUGAUAGUCGUGUUUCUUUGUGUGAUGUGCGAAAUAUUAAGGUAUUGUUUUUCACUCUAGUAUCGUGA